UAUGGGUGUGUGGCCCUGGCCAUCCGGUUCCGCUUCCCUGGGCGGUGCCGGGCCUUUCAAAUCCGGCAGCAAUCUCCGUUGAGGACCUCCUUAACGCUCUGCGCCUUCGAGAUAGCCCUUGAUGAUACCCGGAAACUCUCGUUAACAUGGUACGAUACACAUCCCGACACUUGUGCCGUUGAAUGCUAGUGUAGUCUUACGCCCUAUCGUUAUACCUCUGCCUUGGACCUCCUCCUCCAUGUCAUCCGACCAGGCUGGAGUGCUAUCCCGUGAUCGAGUAUAUAUAGACAGGCGUCCGGCCCCUACUUUGGCUGCUCAGAGCCCAGCUGCCCCACUGACUGUCGUCCUACCCGAGGCCUGACCCGCGGCAACUUCAAAUCAGCCAAAAUGUCCAGCCCGUCCAACUACGAUAUCGUGAUCAUUGGAGCUGGCCCUGUCGGACUUAUGCUGUCGACAUGCCUGGCAAGAUGGGGCUAUAAGAUUAAGCAUAUCGACAACCGGGCAGAACCGACGCCCACGGGGCGUGCCGACGGCAUUCAGCCUCGGUCUCUGGACCUGCUCCGCAACAUGGGCCUGAAGUCGGCCAUCAUGGCGCACAAGCCCGCGAGAGUCUACGAGGUCGCCUUCUGGGACCCUGCCAAGGACGGCAACGGUCUCGUCAGGACCGGCACUUGGGCCAGCUGCCCGAGCUUCAUCGAUGCGAGAUAUCCAUUCACCACACUCGUCCAUCAGGGGAAAAUAGAGCGGGUGUUUAUCUCAGACCUGGAAAAGAACGGCCUGCAGAUCCAGCGGCCGUGGACAAUAAAGGGAUUUAAGGCAGACGAGGGGCUGGACCCCAAUUAUCCCGUCGAGGUUCAUCUCGAGCAUGUCGACGGUGGCCAACGCGAAUCAGUUAGAGCCAAGUAUCUCUUUAGCGGCGAAGGUGCCAAAUCUUUUGUCAGAGAGCAGCUGGGCAUCACGAUCACGCAUAAAGAUCCCAUCUCGCACGUAUGGGGCGUUAUCGACGGCGUCGUGCGGACUGACUUCCCAGACAUCAAGAUGAAAUGUACGAUCCACUCCAGGCACGGCUCGAUCAUGGUGAUCCCGCGAGAGGAUAACAUGGUCCGGCUAUACAUUCAGAUCGCAUCGUCCACCGACCCGGAUUUCAGUCCGCGCAAGACAGCCACUGCAGAAGAAGUUCAAGCGUCCGCCAAGAAGAUCCUCUCUCCGUACUCAAUCGAGUGGGAGGGCGUGGAAUGGUACUCGGUAUACCCAAUCGGCCAGGGCAUCUCAUCUAAAUACACCCUCGACCACCGGGUAUUCCUGGGUGGCGAUGCGUGCCAUACCCAUAGCCCGAAAGCUGGUCAAGGUAUGAACGCAGCAUUUUUGGACGCCUUGAACCUCGCGUGGAAGAUACACGCGGUCGAGGCCGGCCUCGCCGACCGAGCCCUGCUGACGACGUACGAGACCGAACGCAAGGAUGUUGCUGAGAGCCUGUUAUCUUUCGACAACAAGUAUGCGAAGCUAUUCUCGGAACGUCCGCCGGCCGCCACCGAAGUCCAAGCGGCGUCGGAGCAGGCGAGCUCCGCGAGCGAGGACAACGAGUUCGUCAAGACUUUUAAGGAGUCGUGCGAGUUUACCAGCGGCUACGGCGUGGCAUACAAACCCAACGCAUUAAAUUGGUCGCCGGUGCACCCGGCACGAUCCCGGCUCAUCCACCCCGAGGGAACCAAGCUGCGGACCGGACGACUCAUGGCCAACGCCGACGUCACGCGGGUGAUAGACGCCAACGUCGUGCACCUGGAGCAGGGGGUCCCCCUCAACGGCUCGUUCCGGAUCUAUGUUUUCGCCGGAAACCCGUCAACGACAGCCAAGGCACUCAAGGAUUUCGCGCUACACCUGACCAACAAGAGGUCCUUCUUCAGCUCCUACCUCCGACCUGACAUAGACUCAGUUUCCCAUCACGAGACGCACAACCCCCACAGCCUUUUCUUUACUAUCUGCACCGUGAUUGCGGCCAGGCGGGACCAGAUCGAGAUCGUUCGCGACGUGCCGAGUCUUCUGGCACGGUACCGCGACCACAUCUACGCCGACGACAGGUGGGAUCGUCGCGUGCCCGACGCGGCGGCGGCAGCGCACGCUAAGAUGGGGCUCGACCAAGAGAAGGGCGGCGUGGUGGUGGUCCGGCCCGACGGGUACGUGGGCGUGGUGGUGGGACUGGCCGACGGUAGCGGGACGGUGGAUGCGCUGAAUGAGUAUUUCGGCUCUUUCUGCUCCAAGAAAUUGGGCGAGACGCUGGCCCAGUUAUGAGGAUCCUGCAUACGCAGCCGGAAUGCGAAGGCGUCCAUAAGGUGCUUGGUGCUUGGCCCGCUCGACCGAGCCCUGCGGUGAAACCUGGAUAUCGGCUUGAGCCGGUCGGUGGGUUGGUGUGUGGUUUUCCUGGUACUGUUUCUCGCGAGCGCGCCAUGGUUGUCUUCUUGUCGAUAGAUAUGCGCUGCAAAUACCCUUCACAUAGCAUACCCUACACAUAGCCUUGAGACGGAGAUGGGAGCAUGCCUACCUUGCGGCUGGGCAUCCAUUCGUCUUGCAUCUCUCGGGACAUAGGUAGAUGAGGAUGGGGCGUGGACGAGGGGGGAGUGAGACACGUAUAGACUGGUUGACGCCCACGGGACGAGAUGCGAUUAUAGCUUAGAGCACUGUCUCCUUCGGUACCUACUUCGCUCAGUCUGAACUCGAGAAAUACCUGCCUGCCUUUAAUCAACGAGCUUCUAAUAGUAUAUCAUAAGUACCUCCUAACCCA